AUGACCCAAUUGGAUGGACUUCCUGCAGAGCUGUAUAGUGCAAUCAUCAGACACCUACCAGCGGACUCGUUCCAGCAAGACGUCCUUGCCCUGACAAGAGCGAUACCCAGAUCGCCUGUGCCUACCCGUCCUUUAUUCGAACGCAUACACCUCAAGCAUGCCCAGCAGAUCGUACAAUUGUAUAGUCGCUUGCGCAAUACCCAUGACGAGAGAAACUGGGUCAAGGACUUUGGUAUCGUGACCUGGACUGUCGAUGCUGAUGUCCUCGUCAAUUUACUGGGGAUCCUUCCUCGGAUCUCUUCUUUCCUUCUCUUCGUGGGACCCAACUUUGCUCCAGAGCAUCUUGAGGAGAUAUUUAAUAAGCCAAGAGAAGACCUGCGCUUUCUCUCUUUACGUUUCCGUCCCUACGUCAAGAAAGCCACAUAUUAUCAAUUUCUGAAGGAUCCUCCUGAACCAUUGUUAUCAAAUGCGAACCAUUUUGCACAACCGCUCGUCUUCUUUCGACUAGACCUUAAUAUCCACCCUGUUGCGCUCAGAAUAUAUCAGCUCAUUGACGCACUUGCGUCUUCGUAUUCCAUCUCGUCAAGUGUCCCGAUUUAUCAGCAGCAUCCCGUCCUCUAUAUGGAGGGGUUACUCAUUCGAUUUCAUGAUCUGCAACAUCUGAUUCUUGAUGGAUGCAGCGUUGCGCGGGACCAAUCGCAGGGGACGGAAUGGAACAACAUCGGAAAGAUAUGUGCAACUGCAACGAUCAAGCGAGCGAAAGCACGGGAAAAAGAGUUGAAAACUUGGCUACAGCACAAUGCAGCUACUGCCAUCACGCCAGUAGGCAUGCCACAGCCUGCAGCAAGACGUAUAAGACCAGGCCGUCGUGGUCUCGCCACGGCUACUAUCUCGCUUAGGGAAGAACCUACCGCGUCGGAGCCGGAUAUUAUCCACGUACCUGUUGGAAUAGUUAUUCCUAAGGUACGCGUCGUUCCAUCGCCACCGGUGCUGCUCUCCCUGUGCACAUCAGCAUCCUUUAUCACCAACGUUCAGCAUCAGACCAUUCGCGAGGAGUUCGAAAGAGGCUGGCAUGAAGGCCUUGCGCAGCUUGCAGCCGUUAAAUCCAGGCUUUACGGAUCUUGGAAAAAUGGCAUACGGAUGAUGCGCAUUACCGCGGAUGCCAGCGGUAGCGGAUUUGAUGGUCUGGAAACUAUAGAGGGCGAUAAUGCAUUCUACUCCGAACAGGAUAGCAACGCGAAUCUGGCCACGCCUGCAUUGUGCCUUGCAGGUUCAGGGAUUUCAGGAAAGCACGUAGAGAAUUGCGGUCAUAAUAUUGCUUGGAAUGUAUGGAAUGAUACGAUCUAG